CGGAGCACGUGACGCCGCUCUCCAGCGCUCCUCUCCCGACUCAUUGAGCAUCAUGGCUGCGGAUGCUGCGCCCGCGCUCCCGUCGGCGCCGCUGCUGCUGCUGCUGCUGCUGCUCCUGUGCGGCUGGCUGCCGGGGCGGGCGCGAGCUCUGCUCGGCUUCCGGCCCGAGGAGACGGGCGCGGGCGUCUCCGUGCAGGACGGCGUGCUGAGAGCCACGGAGGGCACGCGCUUCAUGCUGCGCGUGUACUACUCGUGGUCGCCGCAGCAGCAGCGGCUCAACCGCACGGCGGGCGGGCGCGCGAGCGCCGCCGCCGCCGCCGCCGCCGCCUCCGCCGCCCCCUGGAUCGCGUUCAUCGAGGAGGCGGCGGCGGCGGCGCACCCGGCGAAGCGCAACCUGUGCGUGGACAAGAGCGCGCGCACGUCGGACAUCGAGCUGCUGGGCUCCUUCAGGUCGGCGUCGAGCCAGAACUCGGUGCUCGUGGAGCUGCUGGCCAAGGAGCUGCGGCGCGGCGAGAAGAUCAAGUACUACUCCAUGUGCGCGUUCGACGGCGCCAAGUGGGAGCACUUCCGCACGCGCGACUUCUGGCUCGCCGUGGUGGAGCGCGCGCCCGAGGCCGACCUCUGGCUCCAGGUGCUCAUCUCGGUGCUGCUGCUCGGCCUCUCGGCGCUCUUCAGCGGCCUCAACCUGAGCCUGCUGGCGCUCGACCCCGUGGAGCUGCAGGUGCUGCAGAACAGCGGCACGGACAAGGAGCAGAAGUACGCGCGCCGCAUCGAGUCCGUGCGCCGGCACGGCAACUACGUGCUGUGCACGCUGCUGCUGGGCAACGCGCUCAUCAACACGUCGCUGGCCGUGUGGAUGUGCCAGAUCCUGGGCAUGACGUGGCUCUCCACGGUGCUCUGCACCUUCGCCAUCUUCUUCCUGGGCGAGAUCCUGCCGCACUCGGUGGCCUCGCGCCACGGCCUCGCCAUCGCCUCCAAGACCAUCUGGGUGACGCGCCUGCUCAUGGUGCUCUCCUUCCCCGUGUCGUACCCCAUCAGCAAGCUGCUGGACCUCAUCCUGCACCAGGAGAUCAGCAACUUCUACACGCGCGAGAAGCUGCUCGAGAUGCUGCGCGUGACGGACCCGUACCACGACCUGGUCAAGGAGGAGCUCAACAUCAUCCAGGGCGCGCUCGAGCUGCGCACCAAGACCGUGGAGGACGUGCUCACGCCGCUCACCGACUGCUUCAUGCUCGCCUCCGACGCCGUGCUCGACUUCGGCACCAUGUCCGAGGUGAUGCAGAGCGGCUACACGCGCAUCCCCGUCUACGAGAACGAGCGCGAGAACAUCGUGGACAUCCUCUUCGUCAAGGACCUGGCCUUCGUGGACCCGGACGACUGCACGCCGCUCAAGACCAUCACGCAGUUCUACAGGCACCCGAUGCACUGCGUGUUCAACGACACCAAGCUGGACGCCAUGCUCGAGGAGUUCAAGAAAGGUAAAUCCCACCUGGCCAUCGUGCAGAGGGUGAACAACGAGGGCGAGGGAGACCCCUUCUACGAGGUGAUGGGCAUCGUCACCCUGGAGGACGUCAUCGAAGAAAUCAUCAAGUCGGAGAUCCUGGACGAGACCGACCUGUAUACCGACAACCGCACCAAGCGGCGAGUCUCGCACCACGAGCGCAAGCAGCAGGACUUCUCCAUCUUCAAGCUGUCGGAGAACGAGAUGAAGGUGAAGAUCUCGCCGCAGCUGCUGCUCGCCACGCACCGCUUCCUGUCCACAGAGGUGGAGCCCUUCAAGCUCGCGCACCUGUCCGAGAAGAUCCUCCUGCGGCUGCUCAAACACCCCAGCGUGGUGCAGGAGCUCAAGUUUGACGAGAAGAACAAACGGGCCCCGCAGCACUUCCUGUUCCAGCGCAACAAGCCCGUGGACUACUUUGUGCUGGUGCUACAGGGUCGCGUGGAGGUCGAGUUCGGCAAGGAGGCCCUGCGCUUCGAGAACGGCGCGUUUGCGUACUUCGGCGUGCCCGCCAUCAUGCCGUCGCUCUCAGCAGUCCACAGGUCCCCGUCGCGCAGCAGCGGACUCAACCACUCCGACUCCAUGACCUACGGCGGCAGCUCGAGCCAACUCAACAGCAGCGGCGGCGCAUACCUGCCGGACUACACCGUGCGCCAGCUCACCGACCUGCAGAUCAUCAAGCUCCCCGCAGACCCCCGACACUGAUGCCCAGGUGAAUGAGGGUAGCACCCCGGCGCAGACCCCCGCUCCAACCCCUGAGGCCCCCUUGCCGGACAGCGGAGGCGGGCCCCUCGC